CAGUCAUUGUCAAGCAGUCAAUGACCUCGCUUCAUUAUGUCAUUGUCACUGUCAAAACAUAGUAAGUUUUUGAUUUGGUUUGCAAUGAAGAAGUGUUUGUUGUAAAAACAUAUUGUUGGCGAUAAAUUAAAUUAUUAGUGAAGCCUCCUGUACUUCAUAAACAAAAUGAAGCCAGAAACGGUUGAAGAUACAGAGAAUUCGGCCCAAGUAGCCGGAGAUGUUAUCGGCGAUACGGCAUACAGCGAACGAUUUGUUCUUAAAAUUUUAUUGAAACUCGCCAAUUUAGAUACGCUGAAAGAGGAAAUUAAGGAAAAAGCAUUUGAAGACGACGUCUGCACGUUAUGGGACAUGACCGCCGAGAGAGACGUCGUGCUAUUUCUUCAAAAACACGAUGUUUUGAAGCUGUUCAAUUUCGCAUUGCCGGUCAUUGAAAUACCGAGGAUUAUUGAAAUAAUCGUCGGUAUUAUUGGGAAUAUGUGUUGUCAAAAGGAAGUGGUGAAUGUCUUGAUGACGAUGGACGGCUUGUUGACUAUUCUCAUAGAUUACAUUAACACUGAUGAUAGUCUAGUGUUGGUUCAGCUGCUGCGACUGGUGAGCGCAUGUCUCUUCCUCGCGAGUGACGACGAAAUCAACAUUUGGAUGGACUUAUUCGUCAAAAUAGAGUACUCUUCUGCCUUAUACUUUAUAUUAAAAAACUCUUCACACAAAUUACUAAUAGUCACUGCACUAGAAAAUUUAAAUACAUUGUGUUCAUACUGUAACACUGAAAAGUUUCGAACUAAAUUUUUCACACACUUUGUCGUACCAGAGGCCUUAGAUUCUCUCAUCUCAGGUUUUACUGAGAUUACAGUCAAUCAGAAAGAGUUGUGUAUUAAAGAUGACUUGGAAAGAGUGUUAGUUGUAAGUCUCCAGAUAGCUUUAAACUUAGUUGGUUUUGAUAAGUCACAAGAAAUAUACAGUCAGAGUACAGAGAAUGUUAUAACAAUGAUAAAUGUUAUCCUGAAAUAUUAUGAAGACAAGUUGGUAAUAAACAAAGAGAUUGAUUCAGAUUUGGUUGAUAUUGUUGAGUCGACAAAUACAAUUAUUAAUGUGCUUAAAAUUAAUACAGACCCUGAUAAGUACUUGGAACUCAGUUACAGCAUUUGGAAGGCAGCUUCUUCUAUCAUACAAUCGGAUAAAAAUGGUUCUUCGUUUGAGGAAAAUGAUAAAGAGGAACUUAAAGAAUUUGUAGCUAAAGUAAAACCAUCAUUGGCUAUAUUGAUUUGUAACUACUUAUCAAAAUGUACAGAUGAAAAUUUGAUAAAAGUAUUAGAUCUAAUUGGAGCGGAUUAUGAAGAUAUUCUAUGUUGGGUUAAGGAUAAAGAGUUGCAAACUAAUGUGCGUAACAGAGCAACUAAUUAUAGGACUAGGUUGAAAGAUAAUGUAGAUUCAUAAUAAAAAAUAUUUCUCCCUA